CACGCGCGGUGCCGCCGCCGCGGGCACAGCGCCGCGGGCGACGAGCGCGGCGGGAGGCGGCGGCGCGGGCAGCUGCGCGGGCUGGAGGCAGAGCGGCUUCGCCCGUCUGUUUUAUUUUUAGCUGGCAGCUCGGCUGGCGUUGCAGGCGGGGCGGUGGCAGGCGAGGGAGGACCGAGCCCGGCUCCCGGCGGGGCGGGAGGACGGGACAGCAGCGGCAGCGGCAGCGGCAGCAGCAGCAGCGGCAGCAGCAGCAGCAGCAGCAGCGAGGUUACCGCAGGCGAGCCGCAGCCAGCUCGGCUGCAAACCCGCCGCCGCCGCCCCUCCCUGCCUCCGCGGCAGGGAGAAGCAGGCAGCGGCCUCGGGGCUCCCGGCGCCGCGGCUGCCCCAGGGCUGGCGGCUCGCUCCGUGCCUGCGCUGCCGCCGCCGCCGGGGCCCGGCGGGCACCCGCAGAUGGCCAGUCCGCGGCUGGAGCUGGAGGAGAGUCAGCCGCCGCCCGACCCUCCGCAGCCCGAGCUAGCUUUCACCGAGGCGCAGAAGUGGAUCGAGCAAGUGACAGGCAGAAGUUUUGGUGAGAAAGAUUUUCGUUCUGGAUUAGAAAAUGGGAUUCUUCUGUGUGAGUUGCUGAAUGCAAUAAAGCCGGGAUUGGUAAAAAAGAUCAAUAGACUGCCGACCCCCAUUGCAGGUUUGGAUAAUAUCAUCUUAUUCUUAAGAGGCUGCAAAGAGCUGGGACUUAAAGAAUCUCAGCUCUUUGAUCCGGGUGACCUUCAGGACACAUCAAACAGAGUAACUGUCAAGAACAUUGACUAUAGUAGGAAGCUGAAAAAUGUAUUAGUCACCAUUUAUUGGCUAGGGAAAGCGGCAAACAGCUGCACCUCAUAUAGUGGAUCAACCCUGAACCUGAAGGAGUUUGAAGGUUUGCUGGCACAGAUGAGAAAGGAAACUGAGGAUAUUGAGAGCCCAAAGCGCAGCAUUCGUGACAGCGGCUAUAUAGAUUGUUGGGACUCUGAACGCAGCGAUUCUCUCUCCCCACCUCGCCACGGCAGAGAUGACUCCUUCGACAGUCUGGACUCGUUUGGAUCCCGCUCACAGCAGACACCGUCCCCAGAUGUAGUGCUCAGAGGAAGCAGUGAUGGGAGAGGAAGUGACUCUGAGACUGACCUGCCACACAGAAAGAUGCCAGAUGUGAAAAAAGAUGAUAUGUCUGCAAGGCGGACCUCACAUGGGGAACCUAAAUCAGCUGUGCCUUUUAACCAGUACCUCCCAAACAAGAGUAAUCAGACUUUUUAUGUACCUGCUCCGCUUCGGAAAAAGAAAGCCGAACGAGAAGAGUAUCGGAAGAGUUGGAGCACUGCAACUUCGCCGCUAGGAGAGAGACCUUUCAGCAAAACCCACCCUGCAACCAUAGAAGAAGAACAGAAUGAAGCAUCGGGACCAUGUCAAAAGGAGAGUGUGGGCUCCGUGGCUUCUGAGACAAGCCCCACUAAAAAUCAAGUAGGUUUGAAUCAAAACAAAGGAAACUCUGUAGGCCAGCCUCCUUCAUGCGGUGCUAAAGAAACAUCAGCAUCCAAAGGGAAAGAUGCAGAAGAGCUCAGAAAAUUAAGAAGACUUGAACAAGCUGGCAUUAAGGUCAUGUCAGCAGCCCAGCGCUACGGCAGUAAAAAGCAAACAUGUGAAGACAACGGAAGCACCCGAGACAUCAUCCUUCGCAAGGAGAACCCCUUCAUGAUACUUUACCAAGGGAAGGAUUCUGGUUCAGAAGAUGAAGCAGUGAGCAGAGUUCCUGAUUUAGAAAAGGAUGAUUUUGCCACUCGGAGAGCCAGGAUGAAUCAGCCCAAACACAUAGUUCCAUUUAACACAUUUUUAAUUGGACCUUAUAUAAAUAAAGAUAAAGGUAAACUGGAAGACAUUAAAAAGCCAUUGCAGAUGGAAAAACAGGAACAUGCAAGAGGAAGCCAGGUGCACACAGCAUCAGCAACGCAAAUAGUGACACACACAGAGAACCCAUUUCUGCAAACUAAGAAGAAUGAGUCAGAGGAGGAAGAGCAGGUGAAAGUGCCUGAUAUUGAGCGAGAUGAUCUGGCUAAACGGAAAUCUCAGAGUACCCUUCCUCAGCUACGAGAAGAUAUAUUUGUGAAUGCCUGUAUAACACAAGCAGAUCUGGAGACCUGGAAAAGAUUGAAACUGUCAGGGGAGUCCAGUGAAGAAGAUUUCAAAUGUCCCUGUGACACUCUGCCAUCAGCUGAAAUCGAAGUGAAAGCAGCAGUCCGUGAUGAUUUUGCUGUCCGCAAAGUGAGAGCAAACAAAAAAGCUGGUAGCCCCAAGCAGAAGUUUGUGCAUUUUGGGCCAGUGACUGAGAUUGAUCAGCAGAAGUGGGACAAGCUCAGUAUCGGCAGAGCUUCAUCCAGGAGUGAAAUAAAAGAGGAAAAUAAGAAAGAUGAUGUGGAGAUUCACAGUGAUAUUGAGAGUUCUUCUUCAACCAGUGUUGGCAUUUUCCACUCUACUGGACACAGUGAUGAAGUCUCUAGGCCACAGAAUGAUUCCAGUGAGGUAGCAAGCUCAGGUACAGAUGAACGUUGCAGGAGAGCACUAUCGCCUGUCCCGGCUAUUUGUGUUGUGUCUGAGAAGCAAACCCAACACAGUUUAAACAAACAGCAAGAAAGCACUGAGGAAGAGUGUGAUGGGCAUUUACCUGACAUUGAGAGAGAUGAUAUGUUGGUUAGAAGGAUGGGAGUUUUUCAGAGACGUACCACUAGCCCCGUUCAUAUACGUUGUCCUCCCCUGUCAGUAGCUCCUCAUCUGCUGCUGCAGCAGCAAGGGGAGGCAAUAGCUCGUGAGAAGGAUUUGAAGACUCCACAGGAAGCAGAAAGUACUGUAACCAGAGAAGAGAGCCAAGAACAACUUGAAAUCCCUCAUCAGCAGAGUGGUGGAACAGAAAACAAAGUGAAAUUUCCAGACCCACAAAGGGAUGAUAUGUUGGCCAGGAGAACUGGAGCUUUUCUAAAGCAGACUGGGCUCGGUGUUAAACAGUUCCUUCCCAUGCCAUUUUCAAAGCAGCAGAAUAAGCAGGGCACAACUAAAGAACUUGACAAGAAAAUUAAGAGGCCUGAAAAAUGUCCACAAGUCUGCAUUAAUAGCUCUGGAAAACUUGCAAUGCAACCUCAGCAAGAACAUCAGCAAGGGCAGGAAAGAUGCAAUCUCCUUCCUGCAGGACAAGAUGAUAUUCUUUCUACUGCCCAAAUGGCUGAUCGUAGCCUUAACAAAGUCCACCCGGAUCAAACAUCAAACCUUCAGGAGGUUCCUGAGGAAAAUAAAAAUGAAACACUGUCAUCCAAGGAUGAACAUCUGCAAACAUUCGGCCCCAGAACUGCUGUGUCUGAUGACGCAGAGAGCGUGAGCAUGUUUGACAUGAGGUGUGAAGAUGAAGCUGUGAUGCAGCCUCAUAGCAAAGCUCGCCAUGAGAAACUGCAGAAUAUACACAACCAACUGAAAGAGGAUGAAACUAGAUGGCAAGAUGACCUAGCUCGGUGGAAGAGUCGCCGAAGGAGUGCUUCACAGGAUUUAAUAAAAAAAGAAGCCGAGAGAAAGAAAAUGGAAAGGUUAUUGUCUGGAGAGGGAACAAAUGAGCGAAGAAAAAGCAUCAAAACCUACCGAGAAAUUGUGGAAGAGAAAGAGAGAAGAGAGCGGGAGCUUCAUGAGGCGUACAAGAAUGCAAAGUCUCAGGAGGAAGCCGAGAGUAUCCUCCAGCAGUACAUUGAAAGAUUCACCAUUAGUGAAGCUGUCCUUGAGCGUCUGCAGAUGCCAAAAAUUCUGGAAAGAAGCCAUUCAGUGGAGCCAAAUUCCCCGCUGAAAGACCCAAAUCCUCUAAGAUACUUAAGGCAACAAUCACUGCCUGCUCCAAAAUUCACUGCCACCAUUGAAGCAACCAUUGUUCCGACCGCUGAAUUAGAACCCAGUGGUUCGACGGGCCGCACAUCCCCAAGCAAAACUGUUGUCUCCAAGGCUGUGCCUAUGCUGACACCCAAGCCUUACUCACAACCCAAAAAUACACAGCAAAUUUUAAAGAAUUUUAAGGUAGAUGGAAAAGUCAGCAUGAAUGGAGAGAAUGUCAACGGAGUUGAAGAGAAGGAUAAAGAGUGCACAACAGUAAUAUUUACUCCGUCGCCAAGCAGAUCUCUGAAAUUUGAUGGAGUAGCCAGAGGGGACAGGCCCCUGGUUGAGUUGAAGAAGGACCCCACAAGUACUGAGCUCAGUUUACAGAGGCCUGCCAUUCAGAGUGUGCACAAAGAGCCAACAGCCUCUUCAGUGGAAGAAGAUACAGCAGCCAGCCAACAGGUUGGGGCCGGCCCUGGAAGUGCAGGAGCUGUGAGCCUGGCGUGUGCUUCCCUGGUUUCAGAUCAAAAGCAGUUCAGGUCAACUGCAGCUUGUGCCAGCCCUGUUGUGACCAGCUUAGUGUUACCUGCUAGCCCUGUCCCUUUGGAGGAAGCUGCUUCCAGCGAGAAAGACGUGAAGAAACCUGAAAAGGAACAGCAGAAGGAAGCACAGCUCCCUGCUACGCAGGAGGUAACAAAACCAAAAGCCCUGGAACCCGAGGGGAGUGUAGUAUUCCCAUUUUUAAAGAAGCUACCCGAGACCAGCCAAGUUACUGUGCAGAACGCUGAUCUACAAGCUGAUUCUGAUACUGGUGACAAAUCAAAUCGUUUCAAUUUCUGGUCCUGGGAUCCAGAAGAAGAGCGAAAGCGACAGGAAAGGUGGCAACAUGAGCAAGAACGCUUGCUUCAGGAGAAGUACCAGAGGGAGCAGGACAAGCUGAAAGAGGAAUGGGAAAAGGCGCAAAAAGAAGUUGAAGAAGAGGAACGUAGAUACUAUGAGGAGGAACGUAAGAUAAUUGAAGAUACGGUGGUUCCAUUCAUUGUCUCUUCAAACUCUGCUGAACUCCUGUCCUCCUCUUCCUCUACCGCUGAAGGAAGCAAGACAGUGAAUACACCUGAUUCCAACAACUCUCCAGAGGAGGGCAAACAACAAGAAGUUACAAGGCAGAAGAAAUUGCUUUGGGAGCAGGACAGUGUGCCAUCUCUGAAAAGCAAAGAAAAUGAACUCUGGCAAGAGAAGAAUAGCAGUGUAAAUAAAGUGCUCUCAGGACAUCCAGAGACAGGUAUCUUGAAAGGAAGUGAACAGGAGCACCAGGUGUCUGUGCCGGAACGCAACUCAUCUGCCAGGCUCAAUCUACCAUUAACUCAGGACGUCUCGUGGAACCAGCAGCUGCUAACCAAACAGUCCCCGCAGCGCGCAGACGACGUGAGGCAGAGAACGUCCCUGGGUCAGAGCACGAGUCCGCAGUCUAGCUCUGCGGGGGAAAAGAGGAGGGCAGGCUGUCGUGAGAAUUUCCGAUCUGGGCCAUCAUCUCCCUGCUCUCCUGCUGCUCCAAGUCACUCACCCAACAGGUACAAAAGAUCUGUGAGCGGAAAGAAGCUUUGUUCUACCUGUGGGCUUCCUCUUGGAAAAGGAGCUGCCAUGAUUAUUGAAACGCUUGGUCUCUACUUCCAUAUUCAGUGCUUCAGGUGUGGCAUUUGCAAGGGACAGCUGGGAGAUGCCGCAAGUGGGACAGAUGUCAGGAUUAGAAAUGGUCUUUUGAAUUGCAAUGAUUGUUACAUCCGAUCCAGAACUGCUGGGCAGCCAACUACAUUGUGACAUGACUUUCAGUCCUAAUGACUUGCAAGAAGGAGCUCUCUUCUAAUGUGUCGGCUGCCUCCAGACAAUCACUUUUAAGAGCUUGAAUCCACGGAUGUCAUAGCUCUCAUCUCAUUUUAAAAAGCUCAUAUGAAAAUGCUACAUCUGCUCCUUUAAAAUACAGUAUGUUUUUUCCCCCUUUCCUAAGGAAUUUGCGAAAAAUCUAAGAUGGUAUCUGGUAAGGUAUAGCCUAAGUACUAUAAAAAAAAUUCCCACCUUUUCAGGUAUGUUUAUGAUACCCAGUCUGUUACUUUGUUCUUUUAAAAGUAAUAAGAAAAUAAAGAUGCAAUAAACUUGUUUUGUUUUAAUAUUUCUAGGAAUUAAAAUUUUAAGUUUACAGAGCCUUUAUAGAAUAUGCCAACUUGAGAUGAGAAGUAAUUUUAAGAUAGUAUCUAAUCAGUGCAUUUGAAAAAAAUAAACACCACAGCACAUGACUUCUCUGUUAUAACUGAAGCUAUAACCUCUUUUUAUACAGAGACUAGUUUGAUAAUACAUCCUGUAAUUCUGAAACAUUUUGUGUUUAUAUUACCUUCAGUGGAGGGUAGGAGUUAUACAAAUAAAUUAUUGCACCUUUAGUGAUAGGAUUUUUUGUUUGUGUACCUCAUGUAAUGUUCAUGACUAUAGCUUAACAUUCUGUCAAAUAAAGAUUUCUUCAUUAAACCUAAAGACUCUAUACCAUUAGCGACUGCGAAAUUCCCAUUAGGAGCAAUCCUUCAUGAUAAAAUCAGUAUCUGUGUUGCUGUUAGAUUUGAUGAAAGGGUGAUGUGGAGGAGAGGAGCUUGAAUGGGCAGAUACAACUGAAAUGUGAAUCUCCAAGCUGCAGUUCAGUGGUGUGGUGAACUUGUUCUGUUGGCUUUUAACUUUCCCGUAGAUGGUCAGAGUUAUUCUGAGAUCUGCUCAUUCACUUGCCAGUGUUAUGUUCGACUGAAAUCACAGGAGAAGAAACGCGUGUGGUGGGGGUCCCCUCCCCAGUCCUCACUAGGCUCAGUAGUGAAUUAGGGCAGCCGAGUGACAGCCAUGAACUUGUGUCCCUCUAUGCAUCCACCCCCAAAGGUCAGCAAAAACCAGGAGUGCGGAAGGCAGGCAGGGAGGAGGCCAAUAGCGACAGGCAAAAAAGCUUAACUUACCUGUGUUUGGGGCAGUUACCUUUGCGCUUUUAGGUAUGUGCUCCGUGCUGAGGUGCUCCAGCACUCGCUGGAACAGCCAGCAGAGCUGUGUUAGCUAGGACCUCGCUGUAACCCGGAAUAGCUAGAAUACACAAACAAGUUGAGGUGAUAUAUUGCAAUUGUAAAAUUUCUCAUUUUAGCAGUUCAAAAUGCAGUUUAAAAUGGAGAAAAGAAAAUGACUUAUUCUGCCUUAAAAACCAUGAUAAAACUAAACUAAUGGAUUUCGUGUUUUAUGUAUGUGCACAUCCAUUGUCUAUUGAUGUGUCAGUAAAUGGAAAUGACCUGGUUUUUGGGGAAGCAAUAAUUUUGAGUUGUUAUAUAGCUAGCAACUAUUUAUUUAAACACUAGACAGUUGCUUACAUAUGAGUUGCAUACCCAUGCAAAACUGCUUAUCAUUGAAAACACCUGCACAAUGUUAUCAUUUGAGGAGACUGUGACUGUCUGGUGGAAGUUACAUGUUACUUCCUUAAAAUUGUGCCUUAGAAAACGCAAAGCUCUUGCACACAGUCAGUGAUGACUUAUGGAUGCAAUAAAUCCAAAAAGUUGAAGUCCUUCAUGGGAUUUCACCUGGGGAGUAUUUAAAAAAAAAAAAAAAAAAACAGAAAAAUGUUUUGAAAAUAUGACAGUGAAGUCAAAUAUUUUGAUUAACCAUUUGCAUGAUUUACUGUUAAAGGUUUUUAAUAACCAGGAUGUUUACAGUUUGCACGUGGUCAUCAUAACAUUUUCCUGCAAAUAAUGCAUAACAUGGAAAUUCUAAAGGAUUUUAUAAAGUACUUUGUACAUCUAUAUUAUUCCAUGUGCUGCAUUAAGGUAAUGUGAAUAUAUUAUGUCUGGGCCUAAUUUGCAAACAAGACCUCCUUUAAUGCAUGCUUGUAUGUCUAUUUGGUAUGAGUCACUAACACUGAUUCCCACAUGUGAUGUAGUUUAGAUGUGCAAAUCAGUCGCAAAUGUAUAAAAAGGUUGGUUUUCACAGACAGAGGUUAGGUCUGCUUCUCAUUAACUUAGUGGUAGAUGCCCAAAGAUGUCAGAGGAAGCAUGACUGGAGCCAAAAUGCAUGGGCAAGGGGUGGGGUGGGGGGUGUGCAGCCUUGCAGGCACUGCUGGGGGGCUCUGAAGCUGCUUGGAAAUUUAUCCCAGGGUCUAGCAAUUAUAUUCAUAUAUGCAUGUUGUAGUGAAGUUAAUUGCAUGUAAAGCAAAAUGAAGCAGCAUUCUCAGACCACAAUUUCCCCCUCCCAAACACCAGCACAGAAUAGUUUUCAAGUUUUCUAAAUUGUACUUGCCAACUACUUUGUUGAUGCUUGGUUUAUUUUUCAUUUGGAGUCUUAUAUGGCAACUUCAUUUGGGCUAAGAGUUUUUUUCCUUUCUUUUCAGUUUAAACAUAUAAAUAUGAUACAUUUCUUAUGAGGAACUUUGCAGCACGGAAAAAAAACCUGCUUUAUUACAUUUGAGCUACAAUGUAAAUGUAUUUGUUGCAGAAGUGAUUUAUUGUUGCUAAGCAAGUACAAUGUAUGUAAUGGUUUUUAGAUGUUUCAAAGUUUACUUAGCCUGUUAAUACUUCAGAGAACCUCAGUAAGCAUCAUAACCCUCUGUAUUUCACUACCCCACUUCCAUGGUGCAUUUUUUCCUUACUCUUGCUAUGUAGUGUUAUGAUGCAGUUCAUCUGUAGUUUUCAGUGGAUGUCCUAAAGGUUGGUGAACCGACAGGGGACCAUCCUUAUAGGCAUGUCUAUUCAAGGACAAGGAUUGCUGUCCUAACUGGAGCUAAUGUUGAAUACAGAUUAUGCUAAUCUUUCCUUUGUUUUAUUUAUUCUGAAAUGCCUCUGGAAAUUAGGAAGACUUGUCUAAAAUGCAACAGCUUUUAUAGUAAAUGUACGUUUAUAAAUAAAAAUAUUGGUUACAUUUGGUGAA